CCCUUUAAGGAGCAGGUGAGGCAGCAUUGGGGAGUGCAGGCUGUGUCACUUUUGCAGGGAUCUCCUCUGAGGAACACUCGGCAGUCCGCCAUGAUCCUUGCAACUCUUGUCUGGGCCUACUGGGUUUGUCUCUUGCUCUCCGGUGACGGUGUUGCUAUGCCGGUGAAAGAAAAAGGUCACAGCUAUCGAAUCAGUCCCGUCUCAAGCAACCUAGAAGAUUCCGACGAUUCGACAUUGGAUGAGCCAGACGAAUGGGAGGAUCUACAACUGGACUACGACCAACUGCCCCUCUGGGGAGAAAGUUCCCAAAGUCAAGCACUUAACGGGCUUGGUCCCGGUGCUGAGGUCCCGGAGCAACACCAUGGCGUGAGUCCACCGGAUCACUCUCUUGGGUCCAAGCCAAGCGGCCCUCAAGACAGUGACCGACGACAACCGUCCGCUUAUCAGCCUGCGAGCAACGGUUUUACCAACUCUAACAAGGAGCGUCAAGCUGGCCACGUGAAGAUGGACUUUGAGAGAAUCUUUCAGUUCCCUCAAGAAGACUUCCAGCAAACAUCAGCCCACAGAGGCCAGCUGCCUUCUUACCCAGCAUCGAUGGGCUGGCCCGUUGGCUUUCCAACAGAUCACCGACGGGUUCCCUCUUGGCAAAAGGUGCAACUCUCAACCCGGGAAGUCGGUGGAUCUCGUGCCUCGCCGCCUUCCAGCUAUAUCAGCCAGUAUAGAGGACACUACACGCAAGGCAGGUCCAAGUUCAGCAGAGAUAGCUACAGUCCGAAUGUUCACCUUCCACUGACUUGGUAAAUGCCACUCAAUGUAUCAUUCUUUAACCUAUUAAAAUCAUAUUUUCAAUA